GGAGGAAGCAGCAGCAGCAGGCAGCAGCAGCAGGCAGCAGCAGCACAGCAGGCAGCAGCAGCAGCAGCAGCAGCAGCAGCAGCGUUUGAGGACGUCUGACAGCUCGCACACACUGAUAUGACAUCUCGCAGGUGGUUCCACCCCAACAUCACCGGAAUUGAGGCAGAACAGCUCCUGUUGACCCGGGGUGUCCACGGCAGUUUCCUGGCCCGGCCCAGCAAGAGUAAUCCAGGGGACUUCACGCUCUCUGUCAGGAGGAAUGAUGAGGUGACACACAUUAAAAUCCAGAACUCUGGUGAUUACUACGACCUGUAUGGAGGAGAGAAGUUUGCUACUCUUGCCGAGCUGGUGCAGUAUUACACCGAGCAACAGGAUCUCCUGCGUGAGAAGAACGGCCAUGUCAUUGAGCUAAAGUACCCACUCAACUGCAAAGAUCCCACCUCCGAGAGGUGGUACCAUGGACAACUCUCUGGGCGAGAUGCAGAAAAAUUGCUCAUGGAAAAGGGCAAGGCCGGAAGCUUCCUGGUUCGGGAGAGUCAGAGUAAACCGGGUGACUUUGUCCUCUCAGUUCUCACCAAUGAGGAGAAACACGAGAAUGUGGAUCGUAAGACCAAAGUCACCCAUGUCAUGAUACGAUAUCAGCAGGAUGGUAAAUAUGACGUGGGCGGUGGUGAGAGGUUUGACACUCUGGCUGACCUGGUGGAGCACUACAAGAAGAACCCCAUGGUGGAAAAGGGGGGCAUUGUAGUUCAUCUCAAACAGCCCUUUAACGCCACAAGGAUAAACGCAGCCAGCAUUGAGAACAGAGUACGAGAGCUCAACAAAGUAGCAGACAAUUCUGAGAAGCCCAAGCAAGGAUUCUGGGAGGAAUUUGAGGUACUGCAGCAGCAGGAGUGUAAGCUGCUGUAUCCCCGGAAAGAAGGCCAGAGAGCAGAAAACAAGAGUAAAAACAGAUACAAGAAUAUCCUGCCCUUUGACACAACGCGAGUUGAGAUCAGGGAAGCAGAUCCUGAUGUUCCAGGUUCAGAUUACAUCAAUGCCAACUACAUCAGAAGUAUGCAUGAAGAAGGACGUUACGUGGAGGAAGGCAAAGUUUUCAUUGCCACACAAGGCUGCCUACAGAACACAGUGAUUGACUUUUGGAAGAUGGUUUAUCAGGAAAAUACUCACGUCAUUGUCAUGACCACGAAAGAAGUAGAGAGAGGGCGGAACAAAUGUGUCCGUUACUGGCCAGAUCUGCAUGCCACCAAAGAGUUUGGUAAGGUGUUGGUGAGGAACAUGGAAGAGCGGCCUGCACAAGACUACGUUCUGAGGGAGCUGGAGGUGACGCGUCUCGACCGGAAGGAACACGUGAGGUACAUCUGGCACUACCAGUACUUAAGCUGGCCAGACCACGGCGUACCCAACGAGCCCGGCGGUGUCCUCAGUUUCCUCGAGCAGGUCAACCGCACCCAGAGUGCUAUUCCAGACACUGGACCUAUCGUCGUCCACUGCAGCGCUGGUAUCGGCAGGACUGGUACCAUUAUUGUUAUUGACAUCCUCAUCGACAUUAUUAAUCGCCAAGGACUAGAUUGUGACAUCGACAUCCCUAAGACCAUCCAGAGAGUACGGCAGCAGAGGUCGGGCAUGGUGCAGACAGAGGCCCAGUAUAAGUUCAUCUACAUGGCUGUGCAGCAGUACAUAGACACAGCUCAAAAGAGACUAGAAGAGGAGCAGAGGAAUAAGAGCAAAGAGAGGGAGUACUCCAACAUCAAAUAUCCUCCAAUGACAAACUCCAGGUCGAAACCCAACAUGGUGUCCUCACGCUCUUCUUCUGUGAUGACAAACGACGACUCGAGUGUGUAUGAAAACAUAAACUUUAAAAGUCCUCAGACGUCUUUUAGCAGUAACACCAGGAGGUAAACGCAGCACUGUGGAUGUCCACGUGUCUCUGACAGCCUCUCUGGGUGUCACUUCAUCGGUGGCUGAAAAUCCGUUAGGGGAGGACUAAGUGUGGUGGUGUGACUGCGCACCUCAAACUGGUGGAUCCUGCCUGGGCUGCUGGUGAGGGAGCUGACAUCUGUCCUGCUGCAUCUCUCUGUUUGGAGCCAAACACCCAGGAAGAGACGGAUUCUCUAAUCACUCUAUCACCCACCUUCUUUCCACUCUAUACUCUGGUGUCUCAAAGCUCUCCUUCUCUUAUCCACUUGAAGUGCCUUGUCUAUACUUCUUUCCUAAGCUGAGUUCAGAAGCAACAAGUUUUUUCCUUGUUGUGUGGAAUGUUUAACAUGGGCUGAACUGAACAGAGUUCUAUGGGACCCAAGAAGGGCUCAGAGCUAAGGUGUUCCUCUAUUCGUCACCUGUAGUCACUCUGUUUGCUUUCUGACUUUGUCUCUUUUUGCUGGCUUGCAUUUGAACUUGAACCAAAGACUGUUUUUGCUUCUACAUCUCCCUCCAGUUGUGGUGGUUGUUCUGGGUGAUGGCACAGGCAGUUACAUACCCUGUUUAGGCACAUUGUACUUCUCCAUCAGGGG